AUGCCCCCGGCGUCGGUGCUUGCCUGGGAAUUCAACAUCCGGAUGACAGACUCGGUAGUGUCGCGUGAGCGCAUCGGCACGACUAAACGUCUUCUCCUCGGUGCAAAGAUUGCAGCGCACCUUUUGCUUCCGCGCAUUGUGAAUGCGGUGAGGUCCGGCUUGACUAUUGAGGAUGCUGUCGGGGGAUGCGGCAACUGCUUCAGGUCUUCUGGGCCCUCCGAUACCCUGAGUCUGCCGAUGCCCCUCACGCUUAUGCUUUUGCAGCAGAGCAGGGGUUUCGAAUCGCAUGGUGCAGCCGUGGUAUGUACAAGUGUAAGUACCGCCAUCAGCAGUAGCACCUACAGGUUUGGUUGUCGGUACCGCAUUUGA